UAUUGUAGUUUCACCAGCAUUUUUUAUUGGCCUUCUUUUUAUAAUGUGGCGCAUUUUGGCUAAUUUGAUCCCAUUUUCCAAACAUCGACUGUUCCAAUUACCAGCUGUUCCCAGUCCCACGCAUCACCGCCCCCUCUGUACUCAUGUUCUGCUCUCUUUUUAGAUUUUUAUCUGGCAUACUAGCGAAGAAGACAAGCGAGAGUUGUAUCAUAUCGCUUGUAUUCUGAUACAAAUUGUAAAACGAUAUUAAUGUACGAGGUCUAACCUCGCAAAAUGAUGACAAAUAUAACAGAAAGGGCCAGAAACUAUCAAAUUACUACAAAAGCCGCGACGAACUGGACACUAAAUUCCAGUCUUCGUAGUUGACGCGGUCAAGAUGGAGGACGCUUGGAACUUUCUAGCAAAUUUUGAAGGUUUUGUUUGCUGGUAAUUUUCAUGUUUAACGUCACGAUUGUGUUGUAAAUAACUAUUGAAAAAGGUCUGGACGUACCUGAAAAAAUAUUAAAAUUAAUGUAGUCGAAAUUAAGAACAGGAAAAAGCAAGAAGUUCUGUUAUAGCCAACAAAACAAUGGGGAAGGAUUAUUACAACAUUUUGGAUAUUCCACGCAACGCCAGCGAAGACGAGAUUCGAAAAGCCUACCGUAAAAUGGCUUUGAAAUUUCAUCCAGACAAGAACAAGAGCCCUGAAGCUGAAGAUAAGUUUAAAGACAUCGCAGAGGCCUAUGAAGUUCUCAGUGACCCGCAAAAGAGGGAAAUCUUUGAUAAGUAUGGAGAAGAAGGAUUGAAAGGAGCACCGAAUCCUCCGAGCGGCGCUUCUGGAUUCAAUUUUGAGAUGCCGGCUGGGUUUACAGCUUUCACGUUCCACGGAGAUCCGAUGUCCACAUUUUCCAGAGUUUUUGGACGAGAAGAUCCCUUCAGAGGAAUGUUUGAUCAUGGAUUUGGUAUGCCUGGUGCUUUUGGAGGAACAGAUUUUGCUGAUGUUGGAGGUUUUCAUGCCUUCCACCACCAGGGACACCCUGCUUAUAGUAGACAGAGGUCGUCAUCUUUUGAAGACAUGUCAUCAUUUGCUCGCAAAAAGGCCCAAGAUCCUCCAAUUGAAAAGUUCCUCAUGGUGUCGUUAGAGGAGCUCCUAGAAGGAACUACGAAGAAACUUAAAAUCAUUAAAAAGGUUUUGAAUCCUGACAGAGUGACAACUCACCCAGAAGAAAAAAUUCUCACAAUUGAUGUAAGAAAGGGCUGGAAAGAGGGAACAAAAAUCACUUUCCCGGAGGAGGGGGACCAGAAACCUCACACUGUUCCCGCAGAUAUCAUAUUCACAAUCAAGGACAAACCACAUCCUCACUUCAAACGAGAUCACGAUAACAACAUUCUCUAUACUGCACCGGUAUCCCUGCGGGAUGCUCUCACAGGUCACACCACAGCAUCUUCUGUGCCAGUUCCCACAUUGGACAGCAGGACAGUCAACAUUCCUCUUAACUCUAUUAUCAAACCUGGAGCGAAGCGGCGCAUAAAAGGUGAAGGUCUACCUUUGCCCAAGAGGGUUAAUCAACGAGCCGACAUGCUAGUGGAGUUUGAAGUUUUGUUUCCAACAGAACUUCCUUCAGCUAGUAUAGACUUGUUGAAGAGUGCUUUACCCGAGUGAGGUUAGAAAACUCUGAACUUUUAAGCUGUUAUCAUUAAUAGCUAUGUUAAAUUAUUUUUGAAGUUUUAAAGCUUCAGCUGUGAGUGGGUUGAACAAGAGAUUCACUCUUCGGGACAAUUUUUCCCUACUCUUAUAAGGAGAGGAAACGAAUGGCUGUGGUAUUCUGUUGUCAAACACAUUAUUGGUCUGUAUGGGUGGCACUUUCAGCAUUUUCUUGGGGUGGGUGGAGUGUAGAAUGCGUACUUGAUUUUCAAGCACUUAAGGUUGGCUCUUUACAAGUUUUACGAUCACCAUUGUAAGUUUAACAAAUUGACGUCAGUUUUUCAAGCGCCCGUCCAUUCUGUUUUUGAUGAUUUCGUCAUAACAUUGUCAAAGUAGCUGUGGAUAGACCAGGCAAUGAAAAAGGCAGCAAUUAUAAAUUAAUCUGUCUGUCUGCUUAUUGACAAUGAAAAUUAGCCAAUAAGUGCACAAAAAUUUCUGCAGUUAUUGUAAAAUGUAAUAUUUCUUCAUAAUGAUUUUCAUGCAAUAUGUAUACAUUUAAUUCUACAUGUGACAUGUCAGAUGGUAGGAGACAGUGCUUUGGAUCUGUGAGUGUUAUUGCAACGUUAGAGAGGUCUUACAAAAUUUACUUCACCUUACAAUAAGCAUUGUUCACCUCCUUCCCCAAAGGGUCCCAUUUCCCUAAAUUCCUGAAACAUGCAUGGGGAGGGUUGUGUAUCCUUUGUCCUCCUCGGGGAUACUACUCAAUCUAAUUUAUUAUGACUAUUUUUUGACAUCUUUAUGUUGGUUACUUGUCCAAGAAAAUUUAUUACGUAGUAAUUUGAAGCCAAGAUAAAAAUUUACCAGAUUUUAAGAAGACCAUUUUCAUUGGGUACAUUUUGUGUAUUUUUUUGAUGUGAAAACAUUACAUCUCCGCAUGCACAGCCAUUAGUGGCAUAAGCACAGAGUAUACACUCUAUGGAAUCAUUUUAUCAUGAGAGAAAUCUUUAGAUCAGGAAGAUUAUUGAAUCAAUCAGAUCAUGUAACAAACAUUGCUGUUAGAAAGUGGGCAUUUAGCUGGUAUUGCUGGCAAAUAUUGAGUUCACUGAAUAAAGGAAAUUAGGCAAAGUAGCUUAAAGAGAAAGAGAAAUUUGUUUAGUUGUGCGAGUGUUCAGGUGUGAUUUUAUUUAAUGUUAUAGAAAUACAAGUUAAUUUAUGCUGUUGUUGCAUCAGAUCAGACACAUAAUUUAUUGUUUGUUUCAUUUUCUUCAGCCACAUAUGACAUUUGUAAUAAUUAGUUCGUAUUUCCUAAUUUAUUAGCACAAUAAAACAUGAACACGAGUAAGA